UUUGUCUCUAACCAUUUUCAUUUCAGUUUUGCUCGGUGUUAAUCGAGGACAGGUUCAUCUUCUUCACAUACAAUCUGAGAAGUGUAUUUUACAACGAACUGUUGAUAGAAAGACUGCGUCGAACAUGAAGCUGUUUCUAUGUCUAACAGCACUGGCGGCUCUUUACUGCGCAGUGGAGUCCAGAUACAGUCCUCCCAAAGUGCAGGUGUACAGCACCAAACCAGGACUGUUUGGAGAUGAUAACAUUCUGCUAUGCCACGUGAGCGACUUCCACCCUCCCGACAUCACCAUCCAGCUGAUGCGGAACGCAGCCGAGCUGACCCCCGCCAAUCAGACAGACCUGGCCUUCAAACAGAACUGGCACUUCCACCUGACCAGGAGUGUGAAGUUCAAGCCCCAGGAAGGGGAGGAGUACAGAUGCGUAGUCAAGCAUGGCAGCGAUUCGGCCAAAUCCUAUUUGUGGGAUCCAAACGUGUAGGAUGUGUGAAGAGCUCCACCUGGUGAUAUAACUACGCUACUGCACCACCAUUGAAUAUCACAAAAUGGAGUCUCAAAAAAGCCAGGAGGGCUUCAUUUAAAUCAACUUUCAUCAAUCAACAUGAUAACAGACUCAUCUGAUUUUUUUUUUUUUGUUUUGUUUUGUUCUUACUGUACUUUUCCACCUAAACAGCAAUAUCAGUACAACAUUCUGGGGAAGGUUAAUACACAGAGUAACAGUCUCUGUGUUGGGCAGUUCAAAUCAGCUUUUCAUAUUUGAUCGUCUUUGUGAGCUGCCUUUAAGGUUUUUGACAUUUGGUUCCUACAUAAAUUGAGCUUUAAAUUUGCUAAUUUUGCUGAACUUACCAACACAGUGCUCUAGGGGCAGUGGUGACCUGGGGGUUAAGGAAGCAGGCUUGUGUCUAUGCUGGUGUGCACAGAGCAGAGUGUGGUCGAGGGCAGUGCUUCAAUUAUUUAUGUAUGUUGUUGACUUUCCUUUUAAAAUAAAUGUCAAAAAAUUAAGUGUUUAUUCUUCCCAAUAAAUGACUUAAAUCCA